AUGGCUGAUUCUUCCUUUGAAGCUGACUUCUACCCCUCAAGCCACCAGAAAAAACACUAUCCAACACCAGUGAGUUUUCGCAGUAGUGUGUCUGGCUCAAACUCUUUCAUACCAUCAAGCUCUCGAAGCAGUGCUACUUCUAGAAGCAGAAGAGCUCGCCGCAACAGAAUUCCUACCACACCAUUUGCUUCAGAUGAUGACCGUUCAUGGCAAGAAGAGGUUUCAUGGAAGUUUGGGGCAAAAGGGUUGCGUGAGUAUAGCACAAACUUUAGUUCUGUUAUGAGUCCAUGGCCAGCCAGCACUGAACACAGUCGUGUAUUUCAUCAAUCAGCAAAUGACUAUUACCUUUCAAGAACAGGUGGUGGGGUUAGAGGCAUAACAAAUUCAUCUUAUGAACAUUCUGGUUAUGGAAGAGUUGAGCUUCAGAGCUAUGUUGCUAGGGACAUUGAUCAUAGUCAAGGGUUCUCAAAGUUGGGGAUCAUCAAAGAGAGGAGUGGUGGAAAAGGUAGGAGUAGUCCAUUGGCUGAGGAAGAUGAGCUUAGUAUGAAAGAUUAUAGCAUAACAGAUGAACACAGUGUUAGUAAGGAUGUUCUUGAUCUUGAACUAUCAUAUAUUAGACAUGAUCAUAGUGGUUAUGGACUAACAUCACAUGGUAGUCAAAUUUAUGGAAUUGGUGGUGGUGGUGGUUAUAGUCACCAUGACACUGAAAAGGUUUCAGGAUAUGAUGAAGAAGAGGAGGAGGAUAUUAUGGAUGAGGAAGAUGCAGUGCCUCCAAAAACAGUUGGGCUGUUCAGCUUGUUUAGGUACUCAACAAAGUGGGAUUGGGUGCUUGUGUUUGUGGGAUGUUUAGGGGCUCUCAUAAAUGGAGGGUCACUUCCUUUUUAUUCUUAUCUUUUUGGUGACUUGGUCAACAAGCUUUCAGCAGGAGCAGUCAAUGACAAUACCCAAAUGAUGAAGGAUGUUAAUAAGAUAUGCUUAUAUAUGACCGGGUUAGCUGCAGUUGUGGUAGUUGGAGCAUAUUUGGAGAUCACAUGUUGGAGGUUAGUGGGGGAAAGAUCUGCUCAAAGAAUAAGAACUGAGUACCUAAGAGCAAUUCUUCGACAGGACAUUAGUUUUUUUGAUACAGAUAUCAACACUGGUGAUAUUAUGCAUGGAAUUGCUAGUGAUGUUGCACAAAUUCAAGAAGUUAUGGGAGAGAAGAUGGCCCACUUCAUUCAUCAUCUAUUUACAUUCAUAUGUGGGUAUGCAGUUGGGUUUAAAAGAUCAUGGAAAAUUUCUCUGGUGGUAUUCUCAGUUACCCCAUUGACAAUGUUCUGUGGUAUGGCUUAUAAAGCACUUUAUGGUGGUCUAGCAUCAAAAGAGGAAGCUUCUUAUAGGAGUGCUGGUAAAGUUGCGGAGCAGGCAAUCAGUUCAAUUAGGACAGUGUUUUCUUUUGUUGCAGAAAGUCAAUUGGCUACAAAAUAUGCUGAAUUACUUCAAAAAUCAUCCCCAAUUGGGGCAAAAAUUGGUUUUGCUAAGGGUGCAGGCAUGGGUGUUAUAUAUUUAGUAACUUAUUCAACAUGGGCCUUGGCUUUCUGGUAUGGCUCUAUCUUAAUUUCCAAGAAUCAACUUAAUGGAGGUGCAGCUAUUGCUUGUUUCUUUGCUGUCAAUGUAGGGGGAAGAGGCUUGGCACUGGCACUUUCAUAUUUUGCACAAUUUGCACAAGGUACUGUUGCAGCAAGCCGUGUAUUCUAUGUUAUAGAGAGAAUCCCUGAGAUUGAUCCCUAUAGCCCUGAGGGCAGGAAGCUUUCCACUGUUCGUGGAAGGAUUGAGUUAAAAAACGUUAGAUUUGCAUACCCAUCUCGUCCUGAUUCUAUGAUACUUAAUUCCCUUAGUUUGGUAUUUCCAUCUUCAAAAACUUUGGCAUUGGUUGGUGCCAGUGGAGGGGGCAAGUCCACUAUCUUUGCUCUCAUAGAAAGAUUUUAUGACCCUGUUGAAGGGAUUGUUACCUUGGACGGUCAUGACUUGAGGACACUGCAAGUAAAAUGGCUAAGAGAUCAGAUUGGGAUGGUUGGUCAGGAGCCAAUUCUCUUUGCCACAUCUAUACUAGAAAAUGUGAUGAUGGGGAAAGAUAAUGCCACCAAGGAAGAUGCAAUUGCUGCUUGCAUUGCUGCUGAUGCUCACAACUUCAUCUCUAACCUACCACUAGGCUAUGACACUCAGGCUGGAGAUAGGGGUACAAAACUCUCAGGAGGUCAAAAGCAGCGAAUUGCAUUGGCUAGAGCAAUGAUCAAAGAACCUAAAAUCCUUAUUUUAGAUGAACCUACUAGUGCUCUUGAUGCUGAGUCAGAAUCUGCAGUCCAAAAGGCCAUUGACAAGAUUUCUGCAGGAAGAACAACCAUUGUCAUUGCUCAUAGGAUAGCAACAGUGAGGAACGCUCAUGCCAUUGUGGUUCUUGAACAAGGUACUGUCACUGAGAUUGGUGACCAUCGCCAGCUUAUGGGGAAAGCUGGAACAUACUACAACCUUGUCAAGCUUGCAACCGAAGCGGGUUCAAAAUCACUCUCUAAAGAAAAUGGCAUGCAAAAAGACAAUGAUUUAUCCAUCUAUGACAAAUCUGUUCCUGAUGUAUCAAGAUCAAGAUAUGAAGUUGAUAUCUCAAGGUCUAAAAACUUAAAGACUACGCAGGAGGAAAAACAAGAAGAGGUGGAAGAUAAGCAAAGCAAAAAGCCAAGAAAAUUCAGACUUUCUGAGGUAUGGAAAUUGGCAAAGCCAGAUAUUGUGAUGCUAUUUUCAGGAUUUCUUCUGGGAAUGUUUGCAGGUGCUUUUCUGUCCCUUUUUCCAUUGGCUUUAGGCAUAUCCCUUGGAGUAUAUUUUGAAAAUGACACUGAAAAGAUGAAAAGAGAAAUCGGGUACCUUUGUUUCGCACUUGUUGGACUUGGAUUUGGUUGUAUACUUUCCAUGACAGGACAGCAAGGUUUUUGUGGCUGGGCUGGAUCAAAGCUGACACUGAGGGUUAGAGACCUAUUGUUUCAAUCCAUACUGAAACAAGAACCCGGUUGGUUUGAUUUUGACGAAAACUCCACUGGUGUAUUGGUUUCAAGACUCUCAAUAGACUGUGUGAGCUUUCGUUCAGUGCUUGGUGACAGAUUCUCAGUCCUUCUUAUGGGGUUGAGUUCAGCUGCUGUUGGCCUUGGUGCUUCAUUUUACUUUAAUUGGAGACUAACCCUUUUAGCAGCAGCUAUAACUCCUUUUGCUCUUGGUGCUAGCUACAUAAACUUGAUCAUAAACGUUGGGCCACGAAUUGAUAACGACUCUUAUGCCAGAGCUAGCAAUAUUGCUUCUGGUGCAGUGUCAAACAUAAGGACAGUGGCUACAUUUUCAGCACAGGAACAGAUAGUCAAGUCCUUUGAUAGAGCCCUAUCAGAACCUAGGAAAAAAUCAUUAAAAAGUUCACAAAUUCAAGGUUUUACAUUUGGUUUCUUUCAAGGAGCCAUGUAUGGAGCUUACACCUUGACUCUUUGGUUUGGUUCCUACCUAGUAGAACAUGACAAAGCAAAAUUUGUGCAGGUGUUUAAGAUUUUUCUCAUUCUUGUUUUGAGCUCAUUUUCUGUGGGACAACUAGCUGGUUUAGCACCAGAUACUUCCAUGGCUGCCACAGCAAUUCCUGGAGUUCAAGAUAUCAUAAAUCGUAAGCCACUAAUAGCCAAGGACGGAACAAAAAAUAAGAAAGUAGAUAGAUCAAAACCGUUCAGAAUAGAAUUCAAAAUGGUGACAUUUGCAUACCCUUCUAGGCCUGGGGUGACUGUGUUGAGAGAUUUCUGUUUGAAGGUCAAAGGUGGAAGCACAGUGGCCUUGGUGGGGCCAAGUGGAUCAGGAAAAUCAACUGUCAUAUGGCUGACACAGAGGUUCUAUGAUCCAGAUCAAGGAAAGGUGAUGAUGAGUGGGAUAGAUUUGAGGGAGAUUGAUGUGAAAUGGUUAAGGAGGCAAGUAGCUUUGGUGGGUCAAGAACCUGCAUUGUUUGCUGGGAGCAUAAGGGAUAAUAUUGCAUUUGGGGACCCAAAUGCUUCAUGGGCUGAAAUUGAAGCUGCUGCAGUGGAGGCUUACAUGCACAAGUUCAUCAGUGGCCUUCCUCAGGGUUAUGAAACCCAGGUUGGUGAAAGCGGGGUCCAGUUAUCAGGUGGCCAGAAACAAAGAAUUGCUAUAGCAAGGGCCAUAUUGAAGAAAUCAAGGGUGCUUCUGCUUGAUGAAGCAAGCAGUGCCUUGGACUUGGAAUCAGAGAAGCACAUCCAAAAUGCCUUUAAGAAUGUUUCAAAAGAGGCAACAACCAUAAUAGUUGCUCACCGUCUUUCCACAAUUAGAGAAGCUGAAAAGAUAGCAGUUAUGAGAAAUGGGGAAGUGGUGGAGUAUGGGAGCCAUGACACUCUCAUCCUUCAAAAUGGUUUGUAUACUAGCCUAGUUCGAGCUGAGACCGAAGCCAAUGUCUUUGCUUGA